AAUAAAGGGAUUUCCCUUACCGUGAUUCGGCACUUCCAGGAUGGAGCGCUCUGGUGGCCCGCUCGCUUCACGCGAGCUUUUUAGCCGUUUGCGAAUCUAAAAAGAGCACGACAGGCAUAUGGCGACGAUAUAAAAAUAUUUCAGGGGAGGUCAAACACUCCAGCAUGAUCACCAUGGCAACAGAAUACCGCAGUAAACACCCUAUCUCGAGUCACUUGGAGAGGGAGUCACUGUUUGUCAAUAAAUAUGAUCAGUCUGAAGGAAGCGUUUCGUUUGGUUGUUUGUCAUGUAAAUUUUAGUGGUGGGACAAUCUGUAGUUUCCAUACCGUCCUCUGAGUCACAUAGUCCAUGGACAGCAAAGGAGGUCAGCUCGCCACUGAUAAAAAGGGGAUGGAUGUGUUACGAACAAAAUCAAAAAAUAUAUAAAUAAGGACCAAAAUGGGGAGCAGUUCUCAAGUGGACGACAGCAUAACCAAAAAAUAUGACAUCAAGAGGAGGAUCGGUAAAGGGGCUUACGGCAUCGUAUGGAAAGCCGUGGACAGGUCGACGAAUCGGCCCGUGGCCGUCAAGAAGAUUUUCGACGCCUUCUGCAACUCCACCGACGCGCAGAGAACUUUCCGAGAAAUUAUGUUUUUGCAAGAGUUCCGGAAUCACCCGAACGUGGUCAAGCUGCUUAACAUCCACCGUGCUAGCAACGACAAGGACAUUUACCUCGUAUUCGAGUUCAUGGAAACCGACCUGCACAAGGUCAUCAAGCGAAAGCACAUCCUGCAGGACCUCCACAAGCGCUUCAUCAUGUACCAGCUUCUCAGAGCCACCUACUACAUCCACUCGGGCAACGUGAUCCACCGCGACCAGAAGCCGUCCAACAUUCUCCUGGACAGCUACUGCCGGUGCAAGGUCGCCGACUUCGGCCUGGCCCGCUCCCUGGCCAGCGACAAGGGGCCGGGCGGGACGGGCCCGGACGGCACCACGGACCCCGCCCUCACGGACUACGUGGCCACCCGCUGGUACCGCGCGCCCGAGAUCCUCGUCGCGUCCAAGCAGUACACGAAAGGCAUCGACAUGUGGAGCCUCGGCUGCAUCCUGGCCGAGAUGCUGCUGGGCAAGCCGCUGUUCCCCGGGACGUCCACCAUCAACCAGGUGGAGAAGAUCAUGGCCACCAUCGACCCGCCCACGCCCGCCGACCUCGCCUGCGUGUGCCCGGGCUACGGCAGCUCCCUGUUCACGCACCCCAACGUGGCGAGUCAGGUGAGCCAGUCCUGCGGCCAGCCCAGCCCCACCCCGAGCGGAGGCAGCGAGGGUUGCGGCGAGGCCAAGGGGCAAGCCAUGGCGUCCCAGGGUGGCGGCGACGGCGACCCCGCGGCCACGCAGCACACCAAGGCCAGGAAGCAGCACCACGGCAGCGUCGCCAAGGACAUCAAGGACUACAAGGGCGGCGCCGGUAGCGGCAGCAGUGGCAGUGGCGGAAGCGCCCCCCUCAGCACGCCGCCGCUGCGGAAGCCGUGA